UUUCAUUCUUUCUUUUAUGUCUCAACAAAGUAAUUUAUCGUUCUAUAACGAUUUUGUACUUGUGAGCGAAUUUUCAGAACUAGAAGGUCCUUUACCCUUAGCCAUCAUUAGUCAAGACGAGUGUAUUGAUCUAAAACAAGAUGCAUCCAAAUUAAAGACGCUUGGACUGCAGAAUUUUGAUUUAAACGCAUUUGCUCUUCGGGUUGUCUCGGUUGAUAGAGGCCCAGGAGAAGAAAAAUCCGAGACGUUUUCAAUUCCUGAUGAUACCCAAGUAUACUUUACAGAUACAGAGCAUCAAUAUUCCGCAUUUACACAUCAUUUAACGUUAUUUGACAUUCAUGCAAGAGGAUACGUACACCCAGUCGCCCUUUCAUACAUAACAAGAGAUUCAAGCAAAAUGAUGCUCAAAUUUGAAGAUCUCAUGGGCCGGUUCAGUCGAGCCUCGAGUCACCUGAAACGAGGCAACUAUGCCAACUUUAUGCUUGACCUAAAAUGUCGAUUACUUGACUUAGAAUACACCAAACUAGCCACAAAGCGCCUGUCAAAGGAAGCAAUUGACCAGGCAGCAACAGUAAUCAAAUACAUUAUCGAUACUCUCGAAGGAUCCUACAACGCGAUCGAACCACCUGGUGAUUACAAACCCGUCUGCAUUGAUACCCUUUACCCUGUUCCCAACUUUGAACGCAAGCUUCGAUCUUUAGCUCAACUUUGUCGGCAAUCCAACAAGGUUAUUCCGCUGGUAUACUCCAUGAUGGAACCUUCCUUUUCUUCACCGCCGCAGGAAAGGCUGACGUUUUCGAGUUCAGUCAUGCAUGACAUGUAUGAUGAGGCAAUACGGUAUAUUCAGGAAACAACUCGGUAUAUAGGUCAGAGUUCUAUUGUUCUUGACUUGGAAGAAGAAGAAUCGUUUGUUGAACCUGUGUCAUCGGUGUUAACCAUUGGAAGAACGUUCAUGUUGAAUCUCGAGAACCCACAGCCAAGGGAGCAAGAAUCCUACAAGGUAUAAGUAUAUGCACAUGAGGUUUCAGCUAUAGUCAUUCAUACUAUUGUUCAUUAGGAACCCAUAGCAUCUAGCUCU